CGGUCUAUUGCAAUCAACCAUGAUGAGCAUGGCAUCCAGUCCGGUAGGCAAACGCAAACGGGCUGGCCCCAUCGAGACCGUGCUAGGCGAGCUAUACGUCGACACGACUCCGCGCAAGAAGCGAGCCCGCUUUGACGCCAACGCCUACGCGAACGAGCACGGCGAGGACGACCCCGACCACGAUACCGAGUCGUACGCGGGCAGCUAUACCGCGUACGCCAACAGCAUCAAUACCACUCAUACCAUCAACGAGACCGAGACACCGGUGACAGACGCCUCGAGCACCCGCAGCAAGACCAAGCCGCGCGAGAAGAAGUACGCUUGCACAUGGCCCGACUGCGUGAAGAAGUACGCCCGUCCCGUGCAGCUGCAGGCCCACAUCAACUCGCACACCGGCGCGCGGCCCUACAAGUGCAUCGAGGAUGGCUGCGAUAAGGAAUUCAGCAAGCGCGAGCAUCUUACCCGCCACCUCAAAGACAAGCACGGGAGCAACACCUUCACCUGCCUGCACUUAAUCUUCAACUCCAAUAGGGGCAUACAGGAGGAGUGUGGCAGGUCCUUCCCCUCGCAGACGAAGCUCAAACGCCAUCUGGCCGCGCACGAGGACAAGGAGGAUACGACGUGCAGCUGGGACGGCUGCGGCAAGGUUUUCCGCAAGCAGGACACGCUUCAACGACACAUCAAGGCCGACCACCUGGGCGAAGAUGCCUAUCUGUGCACCAUCAAGACGGUGGAUGGGCACCGAUGUGGCAAGUCCUUCUCCACUCCGAGCCAACUUCGGAGCCACGAAAGGAAGGAACAUGAGGAGCCCAAGUACAUCUGCGAUAUUUGUGUCAAUACUGGUGCGCCGCCACCUGUGGAAUUCAUCGUCAAUGAUCUCGAUGAUGAGUUCCUGCCCGGACCAGAAGACACGCUCGCGCUCGACGAAGAACCGGAUCAUGGCAUGAUGGACACGCUCUCCUUGGAAGAGAAGUCUGCGACUGCACCAGGUCCAGGUCGCUUCAUCACACUGCACGAACUGCAGCGCCACAACAAAUUGUUCCAUCCACCGACUUGUCAUGAGUGCCGCAAAGUAUGCAGGUCGCAGAAAGAGUUGGUCGCGCACAUGGAUAUUGUGCACUCGGAUGCACCAAAGCCUUCGCCCGCGAAACGCUUUGUCUGCCCUUACGAUGGCUGCGACCGGUCGACGAUUGAGAACGGGUUCGCCAAGAAGGGAAACAUGCAACAGCACGUCAAGAGUACCCACGCCAAGCACCAGAAGUUCGUCUGCGGCGAAUUCGACACUACCGGCAUCGACAAGCUGAAUGGGUGGACACGCAUUGGUUGUGGCAGAGUGAUGAAUACCAAGGGCAGCCUCAUUGGACAUAUCAGAACUCAACACAUGGGUCUUCCCGCGCUCGUCGGCAAGCGUACUGGAUUGCUAGAUAAGGACAGGAAAUAUCACAUCUCCAAGAGACCAAGUGCAGCUGGAGGGGUCAUUUCUGGUGAAGAGCACAACAACCAUGAUGUCGAUAUGGGAGGUGAUCCUGCUUCGGCCAGAAUGUUGUCGUUCAUUACUGGAUAUGGCUACGACCAGGUUCGACCCUUUGCCUGCUUGGAAAAGUCUAAAGGCUGUCAAGGCCGUUUCACCAAGGUUUACGAACUGGCAUAUCAUAUGGAAAUGACGCAUGAUUGGAACGUCGACGACAUCAACGAUGCCAUUGAGGAUCCCGACACGUUUGCCCCGGAUUGUGGUCACGGGAAGGAAGAUGAUCUGGCACUCAGGCAGAUGCUGGAGACUGAGCUUGGGCGCUCUCAAUCUUCUCAACAGAACAUGGCAGAGCCUUUUCUGCAGGCGAUGCAAAACUAGGAGGUACUGCUUGAGCACUCUCUGCGUAGGCUAGUGCGAGACUGAAUAGGUGCACAGGGUUGAAGUAAUAUGGAGGUGACGCGCAUGGAGUUGGAUGUUAGGCUGUUUUUCCGUUUGAGAUACCCAUUUGAUAGCUAUGCAUUAUGAU